GCGGUGUUUUAGACGACAAUGUAAGCUAGGUGGCCGCACGAACACAUUUAUCGCGCCGAGGCUGUGCCAGACGCACAUGGGAUCCGUCCUGCGUACCCGGGGAUCUUCAGCACCCGCAGCCGAGCGGAGGGCACCCUCAGCCCGCUCAGGAGCAGCGCUCACCCUGCCUGGACUCUUCUUCUGACAACAACAACAACACACACACAAAACAAACAAAAAAAAAAACAACAACACAUUUCUGAGGUGAUCUUCUUCCUCCCCGAGAGGCUCUGCGCGUUAUUUAUUUAUAUCGUGUGUGAGCCUGACAGCCAGCCGCGGCGGACAAACUGCGUCUCAAGCGCGGAGAGGUCGGACUUCUUCGGCUGGGGGGGUAAAAACACACCAAAACACACGCGAACAGACUCCCGUCCUGUCGCCCCCCAGUCUUUUUAUUUCCUGUCAGUUCUUCUUGCGAUUGAUUUCCUGCUGCCGAAACCAGGAACCCGGGACCGAGAGCUCCGAGGAUGAGAGAAAACUAGAUUUGUGAUCGAGGCUUGUGAGGUUGUUUUACUGGAUUUAUUUCGCUGUGGAGGAAAAGAGACCCGGGAGCGGAGCGGUGCGCGACACACACACACACACACACACACACACACACACAAAAAAAAAAAAAAAAAAAACCCACGCCGAGGUCUUCUUCCUCCUCUCUUCUCUCCUCUCCCUCCCUCUAUCUCUCCAUCUAUCAAUCUGUCUACCUAUCCUCUUCUGUCUAUCUAUCUCUCCAUUUGUUUCCAUGUCUUUAGGUCCGUGCGAUUUUGCUAAAAUGCAUCAUCAACAGCGGAUGGCAGCUUUGGGAACAGACAAGGAACUGAGUGACUUACUGGAUUUCAGCGCGAUGCGAAACAGCGAUUUGAAAAUGUUCCCAACAUCCAUGAUGUUUUCCCCUCCUGUUAGCAGUGGAAAGAACGGGCCAACCUCCCUGGGGAGCGGACAUUUCUCCGGCUCAAAUAUGGAGGAGAGAACGAGUGCAGGGUCAUGGGCGAGUGGAAGUCGUUCUUCCAAGAGUUAUGCAGAUGGAUCUCAGUACAUGGCAUCACAUGACAGUCUCUCACCGCCGUACGCCAACUCCAGGCUAGCAGGUAAAACAGAGAGGAGUUCGUACUCAUACGGCAGAGAGUCCAACCCACACUGCCACCAGUCGAUACUGGGUGGUGAGCUGGGGUUGGGGAGUCCCAGCGCGGCAUCGCCCACCAAGCCGGCCGGUCAGUACUACCAGCACUACAGCUCCAACCCUCGGAGGAGAACGCUGCCUAUGGACACCAUGGAGGUACACACAAAAAAAGUGCGGAAGGUCCCUCCCGGCUUGCCAUCCUCGGUGUACGCUCCGUCUGCCAGUACAGCCGACUACAACAGGGACUCACCGGGUUAUCCCUCCUCCAAACCUCCCAGCUCUGGCUUCCCGAGCUCAUUCUUCAUGCCAGACGGACACCACAGCGGCGACCCCUGGAGCAGCAGUAGUAGCAGUAUGAGCCAGCAGGGUUACCAUGGCAGCAUGCUGGGGGGCGGGAACUCGUCCCACGGCCCCGCCCAGAGCUCCUCCUACUGCGGGAUUCACCCUCACGACAGAUUGAGCUACCCCUCGCACUCGUCUGCAGAUAUCAGCUCCAGCCUUCCUCCUAUGUCCAGCUUCCACCGAGGGGGAGGGAGCGGGGGCGGGGCCAAUCACUACAGCACCGCCUCUUGCACAGCCCCCACCAACGGCACAGACAGCAUCAUGGCUAACCGAGCACAGAGCUCAGCAGCCAGCAGCUCUCAGACAGGAGACGCCUUAGGGAAAGCACUCGCAUCCAUCUACUCUCCGGACCACACGAACAACAGCUUCUCGUCCAAUCCCUCCACCCCAGUCGGCUCCCCACCCUCCCUCACAGCUGCCAGUUCAGCUGUGUGGUCGAGGAACGGCGGACAGGGAGCGUCGUCGCCAAACUACGAGGCUCCACUGCACUCUCUGCAAAGUCGUAUCGAGGACCGUCUGGAGCGUUUGGAUGACGCCAUCCACGUACUGCGGAGCCAUGCGGUGGGACCGUCGACGGGUAUGACCAGCGGGCACGGUGACAUGCACAACCUCAUCGGGGCUGCACAUACGCACAACGGCGCUAUGGGCGCACUGAGCAGCGGAUACGGGACAGGACUGCUGUCGGCCAACAGACACUCCCUCAUGGUGGGCUCUCACAGAGAAGAUGGCGGCGGCGUGGGCAGUUUGCGUGCCGGACACUCGAUGGCGGGUCAGGUGCCGGUGCCUCAGCUGCCUGUUCAGUCGGCCACAUCGCCAGACCUCAGCCAGCCCGACCCGUACCGCGCCCUUUCCGGAGGCCUUCAGGGCCAGAGUACCUCCUCUGUCAGCUCGGAGAUCAAGUCUGAGGACGAGGGGGACGAGAACCUCGACACGAAGCCCCUGGACUCCAAGAAGGAGGACGGCGACAGCAAGGAUCUCAAAGCUAUUGAUAGCAACAACGACGAUGAGGACCUUUCUCCGGAGCAGAAGAUGGAGAGAGAGCGGGAACGGAGGAUGGCCAACAACGCGCGGGAGCGUCUGCGUGUCCGCGACAUCAACGAGGCCUUCAAGGAGCUGGGCAGGAUGGUCCAGCUGCACCUGAAGAGCGACAAACCUCAGACUAAGUUACUGAUCCUGCACCAGGCCGUGGCUGUCAUCCUCAGUCUGGAGCAACAAGUUCGAGAGCGAAACCUGAACCCCAAGGCAGCCUGUCUGAAGCGUCGUGAGGAGGAGAAGGUCACGGUAGCAUCGGACGGGGCUCCCCUCUCGUUGGCCGCUGCACACCACGUCGCCGCCGCCGCCAUGGGCGACGGGUCCAACCCCUUGGGACAAAUGUAAAACGCAGCAACAUCUCCUCCCCCCCUGAAUGGUCUAAGGUGCCAGAAUUCAUCAAGAUGAUGAGUGAUCACUUCCUCUGACGGCGUUUCCAUGACAACCCGGCAAUCGAUCAAAACCCGUUGUUGCUUCAGCCCGACCAAUCAGAUUCUCCGGAACUUGGGCCUGACCAAUCAGAUCAGACUCUUUCUCUCCUCUCGUCUGUCCGUCUCCGAUCCUCCUCUUCACCUUUGUCUCCUUCUUCUGUCGAGAACACAAACUGCAGAGUCACAUUAGUCGCUUUCGUCACUUUGCAUCUCCAGCUGAAGUGAACUGGAUGCUACUUUGUGGAGACGUUAAAACGGCCGCGUGGCAGUUUGUGGGAGCUUUUGACACAAAGUGACAGCAAUGGACAAAAGUCUUUGGAAUCACAUCAUCCAAGAAAAUCUUCUUCUUGUACUACUUGUUUUAUCAGCAUUCCCAGUUUUAAAGAACAAAAGGGUUCUAUAUAUAGUAUAUAUAUAUAUGAGAAAAGGAAAACAUGACAAAAAACUUGUUAAAAAAAAGUGCAACUGGACGCGGGCAGUGAGGAGGGUACGGGUUGGGAAGGGUUGUUCAGAACGGAGCAAAACAUAUCACAAAGUGUUAAAGAGAUUUUUUUUUAAGCAACAUUGCGCAGCUGUUGUUGAAUGCAGCUUCAGCGCGUCUCUGACUGAAUGGCAAUCUAACGCCACACUGUGGAUGAAGCUGUGCCUGAUCUCCUCUUGGAUGCAAACCAGUCAGAUAGAUACACGUGGAGAAGCAAACAAAACUUAAAAAAAAGAACAGGAAAGUUCCUGGAAGUAUCAUGGAAGCAAGCUGCCCACUCAUACAGUACAUCCCCAUACAAACCACACAUUUCACCGAUUAAAUUAUAAAUGAAAGAUAUUAGGAAUCUGUUACAACCCUAUUGCUUUUUGGAGGCACUUGAUUUGCCAAAUGAUCUGAACAAAAAUUAAGUUUGCAAGCGCUUUUUGACUAUCAUAGAUGCCUAGAAAGAAGCAGGGCUGAACGAGAACAACGGGGGCAACUCGUUCUUCCCCUUCUAAUGCAUUCCUUCGUAAACUGCAAAUAUUUACAAUAGAUUGUCAAUGUAAAAGAAAUCUGAACAUGUUCAUGUAUUUUAUUAGUGUUUUAUGCUUACAGCCACAUUAACUUUGUUAACAAAGGGCAAAUUUGUACGAACUGCUACAAUACCUGGACAGUUGUACCCAAAUGACCCAUGUGUAUCUACUGAGCGGAAGAAAAUACCUAGAAAAUCAAUCAUUGAGUCAAUUAAUCAAUCAAUUAGUGAGUGACUCCAGAGGGACUGGGGUGUUUAAACUAUUGAAGGUAGAGCAAUUACAGAAGACAGGAAGGAAGAAUCAUGCUGUAAUGAAAAAGUGUACUUCUAAAUGUGGCAGGAAGGAAAGACUUUUCUUGACAUCUUCAUUUGAGAUCAUUGUUGGGGGGUUGUAGUGCAGAUGCAAAAAUGACGACAGAAAGGAAGAGCUCUAGCAAACAUCUCGAAUCAGAGACCUUUGUCAGAAAUUCGUCAGCCUGUGCAUAGCAGAAAUUGUGUCCAGGCCUUUUGCUGAAAUCAAAGGAUUACUGGGCAGAUGGUUGAGAGGAUGGCGGAUGAUAAAAAUGAUAGAUAGAUAGAUAGAAGGAUGGUGAAUGAGGGGGAAAGAGGGCUGGACUGAGCACUGAAGUGAAUACUAUUCCAAGUUUAGCACAUUCCCUGAAUCGCGAUCACGCCACUUGAAUCGAGUGCUCCCGAUGCCCUAAAGGCCUGAACUAUGAGAGCUUUGGGAGUCAUGGAAGAGUAGGGAGACAAGCGGAAUUGAAGUAGGCCAACAUCCUGAGGCUGAAGACAGAGGGAGAGGAUGAAAAACCGAAGCCGGAGGUCUAAAUGAUGAUGACGCUGCAGAGGAAGCAGGGGAACAAUCAUCGGGGUGAGGGGUGUAUCAUUUUCUUCUAGGGGCCAAGCAGCGGUAGUCAAAGCAUUCCUGUGUUGGAUUCAUUAGAUUCCUACAUUUCCUGGUUUAAUAUCUGGCCGAUCAUACCCCUAAACCUCCAACCCCGCCCUCAGACUUCCUUGCCCAGAGUACCAACCUUGGGGGACUCUCUGAUUGACAUUUGCUUCCUGGCCAAAUCACAGAAUCGUUCAUUUGUUGAAGUGUCUGUUGCUGGGACCAUUAACUGUUUGAAAUUUCACUGGCCUUGCAGCUCUUUGCUCGUCGGUGCCACAGUGAUGUCGGGCAAAAUUUUGAACACAGAGGUUUGCAGCUGAGUGUCAGUGCAAUCGCUGUCCCUGUGCCAGAGGACCAAAUAUGAGCAGACUCUGGACAGACUGCCCGAUUAGGCUAGGUUUUAUGGUUUCAGACUUUGUCUGAUUUGUCCUUAGGAUCAGCUACAGUUAGCAGAUGGUUUGGGCUUGUGUUGCCUUCCAAGGAUAAAAGAAGUGUGUAUUCUUGUGUGUCAUUCGUCAUGAGUCUGGUAUGAGUCCAUUGACCAGAGACGCCUGAAGAAGGGCCCAGACAUUUUGAUUACCUUGGUUUGCUCAGUGUACAUCCAGAUCAGUAGUCUACAUCUGAAGGAGGUCCAAUCCAGAAGUCACCACUAAUAUGUUACAUAGCUUCAGAAUUUGAAAGUUCUGCGUCUUGUACUUAGACUUAUCUAAGUUUCUUGGGUAGUAGAAGUGAACAUUGACUUGGGAGUGAUAUAGGAUUGAGAAAGAAAAUGAUGGGUGGAAUUGACAAAAGUCUUGGCCAUGACAAGUGAAAACAGGAAUAAAUAAAUCAGGAUACGAUAGGUCAGGAUAAAAAAUUAUUGCAUUGCUAUGCUUCAAGGUCUACUUUCCAACAACAGACGAAGGUAACUGGAAUAUCUGCAAAAACGUACACUGUGUUCUGGUGUCAAUCUGAAAGUCCCCUUUCACCCUCGCCCCAGUUGGAACCCUCCUCAAUCCUAUAGCCAGUGUUUAAUCCCCGGUCCCAGUGUUGUCUUCUCUGCUGACCCUAGCCUUAUGAGCCCUAAACCACAGCCCUGGACCCUCUCCCCAGCCUCUUGCCCCACCUAAGCGUUCCCACCGAUGCAAUUUGAACAUUCACAAUUCUACCAAUGUGCCUUUUUAGAGUUCAUAUCAUUCGAGUUGCCAGAGGAGGACAUUUACCUGGUCUUUUAAUAGGAUGCAAGCUUAGGGAAACCUGUUCUUAGUCGUUAGGUUCUAUGCAGUCAGGUUUUUUACCAGACCUGGGAAUUUAAAAAAAGCUAAAAAGGAAAAAAAAGUAUUUUUUGGAUAAAAAAAAUUAAACUGUAUUUAAUGUACUGUACGCUUAUAUGUAAGUAGACAGCGUGUUCUGGCUUCGAGCCAAUGAGACAGACGCUUGAUUUAGCAAGACAAGCCCCGUCCCAGUCCUUUCCGUCCCCCCAAGUCCUCCAUAACCCCGAACCCUUCCUGUUCCAAGCCCCAGCCCUGUUUCCAUGGUGAACAACGCGUCUCUUCUUGUAUUAUAGCUUAUCAGCUUUUUAUCAAUAUUUGAUCGGCUUGUCCGUAAGCCAAUGUAGUCUUCAGUACAAAGUGUGUGGUCGUAUGUUGUAAAGCAGAUUUUCUUUUUUUUCUCUCUCUCUCUCUCUCUUUUUUAAGAAGAAUCUUUUCUCUUAUUACUUUUUCUUUGUCUGUUCUGGUUUACAUGUCUAUUAUAGAAAAUGUAAAAAACAAAACAAAAACAAAAACAAAAAAACAACACAAUUCGCUAUCCGACAGCAUUGUUCUCUGUCGUGGUCAUUUUGGCGCGGUUAAAAUCCUACCCAAUCAACAGGAAGGCACGGAAACUGGAAAAGAAUCUAUUUGAAUAAAUCAAUCUAUAUAUAAAUGUACAAAAAAUAUAUACAAUAUAUAAGGAGGGUGCCAUUUUCUGUUUUUUUAUUUUCUAUUGCAAAGGAGUGUUUGCUUGGGGAAGAAUUAUUUUCUCAAAGACUGAACUGGCAGAAGUUGGCGAGGCCCCUCAGUGUUAUAAAUUUUCAACUGACUUUGUUGCGUUCUCUGUUGUUGCCAUGACAACACCCUCUGACUAGUACGGCACCCUGCGCAGGACAAAAUGGGACCGGAGUUCUAUCAGCUCCAUUCACUGCUAUCUAUCCAAGGCAACAACACACAGACGUUUGUAAAUUGUAUGCAACAAAAUGGCAAACUUUACCAUUAUUUUGAAAUUGUGUAUGUAAAAGUUAUAUUUUUACAUGUAGACUGUUGUUAUUUUGUGUUUUAGAAAUAUGUUGUAUCGGUUUUUUUGUUAAAAGAUAAAAAAGUAAAAUUCAGUGUGUGUUGAAAAAAUGUGUCACAUUGAAAAUGUAGUGAGGUCAAAAGUUCCGAAUCAUUUUAUUUUUUAUUUUUCAACCUUAUGUUUAUUAUCUGUGGGGAACAUUUUUGAGGGUUCGUGGGAGGAAUCAGAAAUCAUAAAAGAUAUAUGAUAUUUGUUUAAUUCUUCAUGCCUCAUGACAUUACCAUUUUUAAUUGUAUUUUUUGCAGAGAAAUGUGUAAAUAGUCAUAAAACAUUUUCUGUGGGGUUUCUGUGGGGUGAGGACUUGCCAGUGAGAAGCGAUGAUGAUGAACUUGUUUUGAUUUUUAGUGAGGUUGUAUUUGUCCGGUUAGUAGCCAGGUGCCAACUUUUAGUUUUGGUCAGUGGUGCUCAGUACUGUAUGUAGUUUUGGUUGCCGACCAUCUGAAGUGUAAGUCAAAUUGUUGUCUUUGCUUGCACCAAGAAUCACCUGCGUCAGAGCUGGCGAGAGCCAUUUUUUACUGCCAUGCGAAGAAAUUAUUCUGAUUUUCAAAGAAAAAAAUAACCCAGUAAAAAAAAGAAAAUCAUAAAAACACAGGAUAUCAUAACUCAAAAGUACCCUCAUGAUUUUGUUAUGUACAUUACUUAGGUAAAUUAAUCUGGACAAUCCCAAAUUUUUCUUUUUAAAAAAUUUGUUAUAAAACAUAAAAUUUGUUAGAGGAUUUGUUGUGAUAACACCUUUUCUUAAAUUGAUAUAGGGUGGUAUAUAAAAAUUAAUCAUUUUAUGUUUUUACAUAAACUAUGACAAAAGCGUAAAUUGAGUUUACAAAUUCAAUUCACAUUGGUUCCCCCUGGUGGCUUCGGGCAGGCUCUGACUCUGGUGCAUUUAUUUCUUUCAAGAUGGGUUGUAAAUGUUGAUUAAAUUAAAGACCCUCAGCACCUGAUUCAAGAUUAAUAUAUGAAAAUUUUGUGAAAGAUUGGAGCGUUGCUAAUAUAGAAAAGCAGGUCGUCAGCAAACAAUCUUAUCAGCUAUUUCCCCAAAAAGAUAUCAGAUCGUGUGCAAGGCAGUUUCAGUCAUUGGUUUUUAGUGUUUGCCAUUAAAAUUUAGCUUUUCAUCAAAAGGAAAAGCCGCUUUGAAUCGGACCUAGGUUAAACACUAGGAUUGAAUCUGUCAGUGUAAGUGCUAAAUGUAUUUUAUAAGUAAUGUUAUUUUUGUGAUGCUUCAUUUCAUAUUUUCUCUUUGUUGUAUAAUCAAGUCAUCUCCCGAAUUACAGUAUCUUCAUUUUUAUGUUACCCCUGAUGUUUCUAUUAGCCAAAAUGUUCUUUUUUUCCUUUUCCCUCCUUGUUGUACAUACACGCCUCAUUUCUAUUUUUCAGUGACUGUGCCAUGAGCUUUGUAAUCUGUUACUCUGUACCAGUUUUACUGCAAUAAUGAGUUGAAUUCAAAA